CAGGGUUCAACGACAGCCUCGUGAGUUGCGACGAGACGCCAGCUGAGGUAAGUUUGCACCAGCCAGACGACACGACCGAGGGACGACGCUACACGCACCGGCGAUCGUUGCAGCCCAGCCCAACCCCUCGGUUUCUGCGGGCGCGACGCAUGAAGCGAGGUCAACUACUUGCAGACCACCUCAUCGCCGCAUCGCUGAGUGCUGUCAAACGUCCUUUUCAUUGCUUCCAGUCUUUGUCUUCCUCUUUUGUAACGUCCUCGCAUCCUCAACACUGUGUUGACGGCCCGCGAUCCUGGUUAUCGCCAGUCGGACCCCUUUUCUCUCAACUCGUUAUCGACGCAACAGAACGCAUUGCGACCUUGCGAUCUUUUACCGACAGUUUCCAUUCUUCCACGCUCGCGCGACCUCGCUAGCAGAAUCCACAUGCGACGCUCUCGCGAGUGACGACCUCGUCACCGCAUACGAAUUUCCUUUUACUCUGUAUUCCUCACGUUGUCGCCAUGUCGAUCUCGGAACCGCCGUCGUCGCCGCUCGGCGGAGAGGCAUCUCUGGCGGACCAGGUCGCGUGGUACAAGUCACAGUACGAGCAGCUUGAGACAGAGCUUACCGAAUUUAGGGUCUCCAGCCAAGAACUCGAGUCGGAGCUGGAAAAAGAUCUGGAGGCCGCAGAGAAGAGGGAGAACUCGCUGCGCGAGAAGGCCGAGGGCCUCAACUACGAGGUUGAUGAGUGGAAGAGAAAGUACAAGGAGUCCAAGAGCGAGGCCAACGCCGCUCAGAACACCCUGGAGAAGGAGAUCACGACCCUGCGGGAUACGAACCGGACUCUGCAACACAAGUUGCGCGAUAUAGAGGUGGCCAACGACGACUUCGAACGACAGGCACGGCACACCAACUCUUCCCUGGAGGAUCUUGAGUCCAAGUAUAACUCAGCCAUCGAGAGAGCAGUCAUGAUGGAGGAAGAGAUCAGGAUUGGCGAGCAGGAGAGGGAGCGGCUCAGGAUAGAGGCACAGCGACUGCGCGAAGAACUGUCCGACCUGAAGAUUGAGGCCGAGAUCCUACAGGACAAGCUGAAGAAAGUCGACGGACGCCAUCUGUCUACCGUCUCUACCGACCUCUCCAUACCGGCUAGUCCUAUAUUCGACAGCAGCGUGAUGUCGGGGG